UUAAGGUGGAUUAUGACUUACAGUAUCAGCCAUUAUUGGUUAGGGGACUCUGCAGACUGUAGAGGGGUUCAGCUUCCUAAUGAGUGGUGGUUUACUAAUUCAAUUAGUCGUUGAUGGGUUUCGCUGUGCUCUGUGUCUGUGGAUAUGGUUGGCUUUUGCUGGACGCAGUAAGCGAGUUAUCACGACAAGCAUGGUGCUCAGCUGCGAGGUCGUGAAGAUUUUGUGUGCAGUUGUAGUGGUCUCGUUCCAGGGAAAAGUGAUGGAGCUGGUGCGGCAAUGGACGCUGAGGGACAGCUUGACUUGUUCUGCGUUGCCUGCUGCGAUUUACGCCCUCCAGAAUUAUUUGAUCCAGAUAGCAUACCAAAACCUGGACUUCCUCUCAUUCACCAUGCUAAAUCAGACGAAGUUGCUGUUCACCGCUUUCUUCAUGUUUAUUCUCCUAAGACACAAGCAAUCUCUACCACAGAUGGGUGCCUUGGUGCUGAUGGUUGUUGCAGCAGUGAUGUUGACCAUUGGCCAGGCAACACCUUCUGCUGUAUCAUUGACAGGACUUAAUAAUUUCAGAAAAGGUGCACUCUCUGUGCCGUCAUUCUUAGCGAAGGUUCUUCUUGACACCAAGGCGCUCUACACUGGUGUCAUCCCUGUAUUGUCCGCUUCUGUGCUAUCUGGUCUGGCGUCAACACUGUGCCAGAUGGCCAUGCAGAAUAAAGGCCGCAACACCUACCUGAUGACGGUGGAGAUGUCGCUGGCUGGGAGCUUGGUCUUGCUGUGCAGCAUGCUCCGGUCCCCGGAUGGGGAUAAAAUCGUUAAACAGGGGUUCUUCUAUGCCUGGGAGAAAACCACCAUGAUCCCAGUUGUUUCUAAUGCGUUUGGCGGUAUUAUGGUGGGUGUUGUCACCAAGCAUGUCGGGGGUGUGAAGAAGGGUUUCGCCAUUGUGUCUGCACUCAUUGUGACCGGGAUUGGUCAGGUUCUGAUAGAUGGUCAUUUACCAUCUCCAUACGUCUGGGUAUCACUUCCGCUUGUGGUUGGCAGCACACUGAUUCAUACUCGAUACCCGUAUGUGAAACAAGUGAAGACGGUAUAGCAGCCAAGCGUCGAGUGACUGUUCUCCACUUGGAGGUGAGAUGCUACUAUCAGAUGGAUCACGAUGACUCCAACAUCACAAACAUCACUGUGAAGAUGUAAGGGGCAAUUUGAAUUGCAGAGUUGUGGGCAACUGUUCGCAUCUGAUAACUUUGUUCUUGGAAGUUUUUCAGUGGACCGUUCGGUCCUUCGAUCCCCGACAUCCUGUUCAUUCGCCGAGUUGCAAUCAGGAGGUUGGCAGGUCAACGGUGACCAUUCGGUCCUUCGAUCCCCAACAUCCUGUUCAUUCAUGAUGUGUGACAUUUCUUCCAAUUCUGCGGACUCCGCGGGAUGCCAUUCGUCAAUAAUGCAACUUGGCCUCUCUCUCUCUCUCUCUCUCUCUCUCUCUCUCUCUCUCUCUCUCUCUCUCUCUCUCUCGCUCGCUCGCUCUCUCGCUCUCCCCCCUUCUUUCUCUCUCUCUCUCCCCUGUCCACUUCCCCACCCUCUUCCUCUCUCUCUCUCUCCUUCUUGUUAUCUGUCUUCUUCUCUUCUUCAAGAAGGGAAGAACAAUGGGCUGGCCCAAGUUCCAGUAUUUGCAGAGAUGAGGCAUGCUGGAAAUUGUUGAUGGUUUUGUYGAUGCCUUGAAAGCCAAGUUUGACCCGUACGUUCUUCUGAAAAGAAGCCAACACUCUCAGUUUGUUGGAUGUGAACAGCUGAUAGUGUGUCACCCAGUUUGAACCUCACGCAGAGGGAAUAAAUUCUUCGGCACCACUUCGGACUCAGGCUCAUCUAGGGGCAUGGAUGGUAUCCUCCUGAGUACUCAGCCGAAUCUGUGCCAGGGCGCUCUGCCGAAUCCGCUCCAGGGUGCUCUCCCGAAUCCGCUCCAGGGCGCUCUCCUGAUCGUUUAUGCCACGUUCCACACUGCAAGGCCGGGGAGGAUGCAGUAGAUUGUGACUCAUGAACGGUGUCAUGAGGGGAUGGGAACACUCGACAUGUCGUUGCGCUCACUCAUCUCUGUCUGUAUUCUAUUUGGACCAGUGUGUUGGUUCUCUGUGAGCAGAUGACGAACAGGGAGGAUGCGCUCUUGGACAACGUCUGGAAUUUUGUUGCCUGUUUGUGUCCUGUGUGGAGUUGUGUAAAUUGCCAGAGAUUGAUCACCAUUUUUGGAGGUUCUCUCGGGCUGGAGGAGAGGAAGAAAGAGUUAUGGGACUGGGCCGUCCCGUGCCAGAGAUCUGAUCGUCAUUUUUGGAGGCUCUCUCAGGCAGGAGGAGAGGGAAAGAAAGAGUUAUGGGACUGUGCUGUCCCUCGUUCAUUUUUUGUUCCACAGCUUGUUGAAUAAUGAAGCAUGUCGCAUUCG